AUGACGCACGCCGCCUCCAAAGACGACCUGCGCGUCAGCACGCUCUUCGACUACACCUCGCACGUCGUCCUCGUAACCGGCGGCGCCACCGGCCUAGGCGAAAUGGCCGCGCAAGCCUUCAUCCAAAACGGCGCGCGCGUCUUCAUCGCAUCCCGCAAAGAAUCCGAACUCGCCUCCACAACCGCGCGCCUCAACGCCCUCGGCCCCGGAAAAUGCUCCUACAUCGUCGCGGAUCUAAAGGACAAAGCCGGCUGCCUCGCCCUCUGCACGGAGUUGAAGAAGCAAACGGACCGCCUGACGGUGUUGGUGAACAACACGGGCGCGAGCUGGGGCGAUGAUUACUACAACUAUCCGGAACACGCGUGGGAUAAGCUGUAUGCGUUGAAUGUGAAGAGUAUAUUUUAUAUGACGGUGGAGUGCGAGGGGUUGUUGGCUAAGGGGGCGGAUGCGCAUAAUCCAAGCAGGGUCAUUAAUAUUGCUAGUAUGGCGGGUAUUACGACUGUGGAUGUUACGACGGGCGAGGGUGGGGGGUUGAGUAAUCCGGGGACUGGGACUUAUAGCUACGGCCCAGCAAAAGCAGCAUGCAUCCACCUCACCAAGAUGCAAGCCUCGAAACUCGCCCCGAAGAAUAUCAUGGUCAACGUCAUUUGUCCAGGCGUUUUCCCCUCGCGCAUGACGAACUUUGGCCUAGAGAAAUUCGCAGAUGCGUUGACGGCGGGACAGCCGACUGGCCGCAUUGGCAAGCCGAGUGACUUUGGUGGGCUGGUCUUGUUCUUGAGCAGUAAAGCGAGUGCGCAUAUCACGGGUAAUGCCGUUGAGAUGGAUGGCGGUGCUACUUUGACGGGAUGGAGGGGCAAGGUAGGAGGGAGUGGGGAGAGCAAGCUGUGA